AAAACUACGAAGGGAAGAGCAAAAAUUGAAUCACUUCCACACAAAUCUUCUUCUUCUUAUUCUUCUCUUCGAAUUUCGAACCCUAAUUUUUACUACAGAUACAGACGAGAUCACCAAGAACAGAAACCGGGAACAUUUUCUUUGAUUGAGUAAAAUACUUUAAUAUUCUCAAAUCUUUUACCAGAGCUGGAGAGGUUUUUUUGAUUAAGAUACUAUGAUUAUAAAAGUGCUUCUCUCUGCAACUUCUUUCCCACUAUGAUGGAACAAUCUAUAUCCUCUCUCGCAUUCAAAGGUUCGAUUAUUGAAGCAAUCACCGAAGCCAAAGGGCAAAGGAAACUAUUUGUAGUUUACAUUUCAGGUGAUGAUGCGGAGUCACUUCGUUUAGAAAACACAUGGACUGAGUCAAAUGUUGCGGAGUCAUUAUUGAAGUAUUGCAUUUUGUUGCACAUCUCUGAAGGGAGUUCUGAUGCGGCACAAUUUUCUGAAAUAUAUCCACAGAAAUCUGUUCCUUGUAUAACAGCCAUCGGAUACAAUGGGAUACAACUGUGGCAAAAUGAGGGCUUUGUCAGUGCUGAAAUUCUGGCAUCCAGUCUUGAGAAGGCAUGGCUGAGUCUUCAUAUCCAGGAAACAACUGCGAGUUUUCUAACUGCAGCACUCGCUUCAAAGAAAUCCGAACCUCAUGCUUCUGGGGUCUCUGAUACUGUCUCUUUUGAGCAAGGAAGUUCUUCAAGCAUAGAUAUUUCGUCACCUUCAACAGCCUCUUUUGAGCAAGGAAGUUCUUCAAGCACAGAUAAUUCGUCACCUUCAACAGCCAAACUUGUCCAAUGCUCUGAGGCUAAAACUCACUCUCAGAUAAUAAAGGAAAAUAGUGGUUGUGAACAGUCAGUUGAGGAAAUUAAUUCCAAAGAUGGUGACAAAGUCUCUCUUGGGUCAUCUGAUGUAUUGGAAAGUGGUGAGGCUGAACAGUCCAUCUUGUCGGCGGAAACUCCCAAAGAAACACGUAAUCCUGUGAAGGCUGACCAAGACAGCACUGGAAUUGCUCAUAUGUCCUUCAGCGUUAAAGAUGGAUGUAGUGACACCAAAGUCAACUCAAGCGUGGAUGAUCAUCAUUCUGAAGUUACUGUGGUAGCUUCUCAAGGGAUUGCUAAUGAAUCAAGUGAAACUGUACAAGAUAAAAAGGCUGAAACAGUAGAAGAAAGGAAUGCUGAUGUUUCAGACUUAAGUAUGAGUAAAUCAACUGAUGUUCAUUUGAAUAUCCGGUUGCCCGAUGGUUCUAGCCUACAAGAGAAGUUCUCCUUAACGAGCACUUUGAGAAUGGUCAAAGUCUAUGUAGAUGAAAACCAAGCAAGUGGCAUUGGCUCUUAUGAUUUAGCUGUUCCUUAUCCUCGCAAAGUAUUCAAUGAUCAAGAGUUGAACCAAACAUUGUCGGAGCUGGGUCUUUUCAACAGGCAAGCAUUGAUAGUGGUUCCCCGUGGCCAAUCUACUUUUCAUUAUGGAGGAGGAUCUUCCUCUCGUAAUCAAUCAAAUUACAACACUCUAGUUGAUUCUUCAAAUGGAAGCAAUGAAGGAUAUUUUACAUUCGUAAAAAGGAUUAUAUCUUACAUGAAUCCUUUCUCCUAUCUUGGUGGUGGUGCCAGCUCAUCAAAUUCUAUGCAGGAAUCACAGACCAGCACGUGGCAAUAUGGUCCAAAUCCUACGCUGCAGAAUAACCUAGGGGGCACGGGAAGACCCUAUACUCUCCAGUCAUCAACCCAAAACAAUCCUGGGACCAGCAGAAAUAACAGCAAGAGCAAGCAACAAAACCCGUCUCGUUUUGGAAGCAAUAUUCACACACUAAAACAUGAUGAAGAUGAUAGCCGUGACAGAAAUGCCUUCUGGAAUGGGAAUUCAACCGAGUAUGGUGGUAACAAAGAUGAUAAAUAAGAUCGCAAGAAUGCCCUUUUAACGAAAUGCAGGUUUCUGAUCUUUGAUUUUGGGUUAAACUCGGAAAAAACAAGUAGAAGAAUAUCUUACCAAGAAAUUAACUCCUUGCAAUAUAUCAUUAUGUCUGUCAAGUAUUUCAUUAUUUGUGUAAAUAUACUCUUUUUGGUCA